AUGAUAGUUGAAGGUCUAUUGCUCUUCGAUGCUGUUUUUGCAACAAUAUCUGGUUUCUUACUCUAUGCAUUGCCUAAAUUUUUUGGAGAUCAUCUGUUUGUAAGUUUCUUAAAGUCAUAAUGUACAUUCCAAUUUUUCAUUUGAGAAUCGUUUACGAUAUAAUUCAGAAUUUUAAACUUUAUUAGUUCUAGUUUUUUAAAUUGCUCAGGCAAAUCGUAAUAAAUCUAGCUUGGCUACGGGAAUUGCUGAAAAAACAGUAACUAUCUAGCGAAAAUUAUUCAUGAAAAUUAUUCAUGAAAAUUGUUAUUUGAUUCACAAAAAUACAUUUUUUUAACUGAAAAUCUGACAUUGUUGCUUUUUGAAAGUAGACGUUUGUUGAAAAGCAUUCAUCCGAAACAGUAAACUACCUUCGGAGUCAUUAUAUUAAGAGAAAUGUUGGAGAAUGACUUAAAUGUUGGAUUAUAAGCAUUACAUUAAGCAUAUUAUGGGCCCAGAGUAUCCCCAUGCGCGGGACUGCCUGCAAUGCGUCCAUCAGCGAACUUGCAUUUUAGGAUCGCCCUAUAGACCUAUCAUAGGUCCGCGAUCUCAAUAGACCAAUCGCGAAACACCUGUGAGCCUGCCGCACACGCGAUUGUGGGUUCGACCCCGACUUGCUUUUGUCCGGUCCGCCUUUCUUUUUGCUGCACUGAGCAGACAUCCAAAAGGACGUUGCGCAAUGAAAAAAAGACUCGCUUUGUUCGAAGAAACAAAAAAUAAUACUGAGGUGCAAAAUAAGCAAAUGUAAGUUAAUUGGGUACAUCAGGUGAAAUCUAGGCUAAUUCAAUAUUUGCUUCGCUUUCAGCAAACCGAAACAGACGGAGUUCACUGGCAUCUGACUAGGUGCAUUGGUGGACAAGUUGCUGCUUCUGCACUCGUCUCUUACAAGUUGCGGAAAUCUAGUGGUGUCAGCCAUUCCGUGUGCCAUUUUAUAAGGAUUGUUGUAAGUUUUAAUUUAGUUUUAAUUAGGAAAUUGCAAAAAAGUGCAAAAGCUGAACAAAAAAGCUGUCAAAAAAGAUGAUUCAACAUCUCCUACCCACACAGUUUUAAUUUAUGUUCAAAACUAUUCAAUUUCAACUUAAUAUUGGAGAUACGUUCAUGAAAUGCACGGAAUUAGAAGAUAAAGUAAAAAAUAAUUUUAGAUUUUUUCAGCCUUCCAUUCUAAUAUUAAUUCUUGUUUUCCAAAUCGAUUCUGUUACUCCUGAUCUCGUGCAACCUAUGGUAUAAGAUAAAUACAUUGUUUCUAAGAGUUAAUGUUUGAACUGUUUGCAGAUUCUAAAAUGUUUAAAAUGGCUGUUGAUUUCUACCAUUUUCGUUCACUUUGUCUUGCUAUCAAAGUCUGGCUGGAAAACUGGUAUGUUGAUGAUUCAUGCUAAAAUCUGAUACGAGAGACUAAGAUAUAAAAUUUCAGGAACGCGGUUGUCACCGAAUGUUUUCGGAAACUUCCUCUACCAGUUAGAUGCCCUUGCUUCAAUUUGUAUUGGUACUUGCUGGAUGACCUUCCCGAUGUGGUUACUUCAUCGACAGGUAAAAUAUUUUUGUUAUUGAAAGAAACAAAUUUUCUCAGGUGCUUGUCGAUCUUAACGAAUCUCACGAGUUCCUUGGCAGAGUUAUGGGAGCAAACUUUAUAGCAUCUUACAUUGUUUCAACACAUGCCCUGCACUGGGAAUCGCAAGAAGACAGAUUUGUAGCUGUUGACGGGCGGGUUAUCUGCUGCAUUGCUAUUCUUGGUGGACAGAUAUGGUCUCAAACUUAUGAGCAUUGGUCCGGCAAUCACUGGAUUGGAAUAUUUUUAUUCUCGACGUGGACUAUUGUCUCUUUAAUCUACCGCUCUUAUCUUGUGCUAACGACAAAAACUCGCACUGAAUAA